CCGCUACAACGUCAAUGUGGAUGGCGCGUGUGCACAGUAUACACCUGAGCCAUAUACUUAUACAUACUUCGUCCCUGAAGGUUACACCUCCGGCUCCUAUUAUAUGGGCAGUGGAUAUCAUAGCAACGAUGGGGAAUCGGAUACGCGCUCCUGGAUACCUCGGUGCUUACCAGGCAGACUAUAGCGACAGCGUUACCCAGUAUACUAAGACAGUCGAGUACGCAAGCCAAUAUCCAGAUGGAAUCUUCCAAGCGCCGUUUACUGCAUUCGAGGACAACCAACCCCCGGCUUGGUACCCGUGGUAUUCAUCAGGAUACUAUAGUGCUAGAUCAGCCAGUUACUACGAUGUUUCUAAACCCACGCCAACUGGAUAUGGGCCGACAUCGUCUGCACCAGUGACUCCAACCCCUUCAGUCUAAGGUAAUAAGCACCUUGGGCCCAAGUAGAACUUUUCUUUGUGGUGCCAGCAUAUAAGAAACUAUCGAAUAAAUGAGGACAUGGUUGCCUACUCGUCCAUAUAUGUCCUGCCACGUGUUUGUAUGCUAGCACAAGUGAGAUGUGGAUGUGGCAGCAUGUGAUAGGACAACUUUUUAUAUAGAUGAUGUGUUAGUUUUCGAGGAUAUUAAGAGGAUCAUUCGCUUUGCUGUCAGAUGAAUGUCAGCUCAACUACUCCUGGCCAUCAUAUGGUGUCAACAGUGUUGUGCGG